GCGAAGAAGCCCGUUUCCUGGGAUACGGCCUGGGCUGGCAGAGGCGGAGGGCGGGUUGUGGUGUGCUUGAGCAGCAUCUCUGGCGCGUGUGGUGUCUCGGGUCCGCGACUUAGUCACCGAGCAUCAUGGCCAGUGUCCACGAAAGCCUGUACUUCAAUCCCAUGAUGACCAAUGGAGUGGUACAUGCCAACGUGUUCGGCAUCAAGGACUGGGUGACGCCGUAUAAGAUCGCGGUUCUGGUGCUCCUGAACGAGAUGGGCCGCACGGGCGAGGCUGCCGUCAGCCUCCUGGAGCGGCGGAGGCUCAACCAGCUGCUCCUGCCACUACUGCAGGGCCCAGACAUUACACUGUCUAAACUCUACAAGUUAAUUGAAGAAUCUUGUCCUCAGCUGGCAAAUUCAGUGCAGAUCAGAAUCAAACUGAUGGCCGAAGGCGAGCUGAAGGACAUGGAACAGUUUUUUGAUGACCUGUCCGAUUCCUUCUCUGGAACCGAACCGGAAGUUCACAAAACCAGUGUAGUAGGCUUGUUUCUGCGUCACAUGAUCUUGGCCUACAGUAAGCUUUCUUUCAGCCAAGUGUUCAAACUGUACACGGCCCUUCAGCAGUACUUCCAGAACGGGGAGAAAAAGACGGUGGAGGAUGCCGACAUGGAGCUGGCUGGCAGAGAAGAGGGCGAGAGAAAAAUGGAAAAAGAAGAACUUGACGUGUCUAUAAGAGAAGAGGAGGUAUCUUGCAGUGGGCCUCUGUCCCAGAAACAAGCCGAGUUUUUCCUUUCUCAACAGGCUUCUUUGUUAAAGAACGACGAGACGAAAGCCCUCACUCCAGCUGCUUUGCAGAAAGAAUUGAACAACUUGUUGAAAUUUAAUCCUGAUUUUGCCGAAGCGCAUUAUCUCAGCUACUUAAACAACCUCCGGGUCCAAGACGUUUUCAGUUCCACACACAGCCUCCUGCACUAUUUCGACCGCCUGAUCCUUACCGGGGCCGAGAGCAAAAGCAACGGGGAGGAGGGCUACGGCCGCAGCCUGAGGUACGCCGCCCUGAACCUGGCCGCCCUGCACUGCCGCUUCGGACACUAUCACCAGGCCGAGCUCGCCCUGCAGGAGGCCAUCAGGAUCGCCCAGGAGUCCAACGACCACGUGUGUCUGCAGCACUGCCUGAGCUGGCUUUAUGUGCUGGGACAGAAGAGGUCCGACAGCUACGUUCUGCUGGAGCAUUCUGUGAAGAAAGCAGUGCAUUUUGGGUUACCGUACCUUGCCUCCCUGGGAAUACAGUCGCUAGUCCAGCAGAGGGCUUUUGCUGGGAAGACAGCACACAAACUGAUGGAUGCCCUGAAGGACUCCGACCUCCUGCACUGGAAGCACAGUCUGUCGGAGCUCAUCGACAUCAGCAUCGCACAGAAGACGGCCAUCUGGAGGCUCUACGGCCGCAGCACCAUGGCCCUGCAGCAAGCCCAGAUGCUGCUGAGCAUGAACAGCCUGGAGUCGGUGAACGCGGGUGUGCAGCAGAACAACACGGAGUCGUUUGCCGUGGCGCUCUGCCACCUCGCCGAGCUGCACGCGGAGCAGGGCUGCUUCGCCGCGGCUUCCGAAGUGCUGAAGCACCUGAAGGAGAGGUUCCCCCCGAACAGCCAGCACGCCCAGCUAUGGAUGCUGUGUGAUCAAAAAAUACAGUUUGACAGAGCCAUGCACGACGGCAAAUACCACCUGGCGGACUCGCUCGUCACCGGGAUUGCCGCCCUCCACAGCAUGGAGGGCGUGUACAGGAAGGCCGUCGUACUACAGGCUCAGAACCAAAUGUCAGAGGCACACAAGCUUCUGCAGAAAUUGUUGCUUCAUUGUCAGAAAACCAGGAACACGGAGAUGGUGAUCAGCGUCCUGCUGUGCGUGGCGGAGCUGUACUGGCGGUCGUCAUCCCCGGCCGUGGCGCUGCCCGUGCUGCUGCAGGCCCUGGCGCUGUCCAAGGAGUACCGGCUGCAGUACCUGGCCUCCGAGACGGUGCUCAACUUGGCUUUUGCCCAGCUCAUCCUCGAUCCAGAACAGGCCUUAAGUCUUCUCCACAUGGCCAUUGAGCCCAUCCUGGCAGACGGAGCUGUCCUGGAAGGCCGGGCCAUGUUCUUGGUGGCCAAGUGCCAGGUGGCUUCAGCAGCCUCCUACGAGCCGCCGAAGAAAGCUGAAGCUCUGGAGGCCGCCAUCGAGAACCUCAGUGAAGCCAAGAACUAUUUCUCGAAGGUCGACUGCAAGGAGCGGAUCAGAGACGUCGUGUACUUCCAGGCCAGACUCUACCACGCCCUGGGGAAGACCCAGGAGAGGAACCGCUGUGCCAUGCUCUUCCGGCAGCUGCACCAGGAGCUGCCCUCGCACGGGGUGCCCUUGAUAAACCACCUCUAGCGAGAGCGUCCCUGCCAAGCACACCAGGUUUGGACUUGUUUACAUUCCCGCCCUCCGCACAGAUGCUGUUUUUGGUGUCUGUCAAUAAACUGCCUUCGGACUCGUUUGUCUGAUUUUGCUGCUAAAACACA